UUGAAUUUGAUGUAGUCUUAUUAACAAUUGAUCGUAUUAGUUUUGUUUCGUGUUCUGGAGUCUGGAAAUGUUUUCUGCGCUUACUAACUCCAUAAGGAAAUUCGUGUUUGGAACGUAUGAAAACCAGGGAACCGUUUCUCGGAAACGACCGAGAGAUGAGAAUGAAGACCAGGAAGAGCAGUUUGAAGAUUCUUAUUUAUCAAGCACUCCGAAGAAGCUAAGGACACAGGAAUCUAACCAUUGGCAUAUACGUGGAAUGCCUUCUGUGCUGAAAGAAAAAAUGGACAAGCUUAUUCAUUCACAAAAACAGAGAAAAUCUGUACCAGUUAGUGAGCUUUGCACUUCCCAGGACAAGUAUAAUUUGCCUGGCCAAAGAGGGAACCCUGACGAUGUAAAGGGCCUGGCUCGACCUCCCAUCCAUGACUUGGCUAACAUCCAGUGUCCUUCUCCCAAUGGCUCCUCAGAUCUAUUGGGUUUAGAAGUGGAGAGGGACAUAUCGGAUGGAAUGUCCAGGACCAAGUUGACCAAUGGUCACUCCGAGAUGCACCACCCUCAGAUGGUUAAUUCCAGAGCAUCAAAAUGGCAGACUCCCUCCUAUGAAAGACUGGAGAAGAAAUCGUGCCCAUUCAGCCUGUACACCAGCAGAAGUGAUCAGUACUUACCUCUGUAUGACAAAACCUUCAAGACUCCAAAGAACAGUUCCUUCACAGACAAUGGCUUUAAGGCAUGCUCCGUCACCCAGAAGAAGCAGCUUGAGGACAGGGAGAAGUACAGGCAGCUGUUACGUCAGUUUAGUCACACUGACCUGGGUAGAAUCCUGGACCGAUCCACAUCCACACCACGUCACAAGUCUCCUGUCACACCAAGCUCCCCAGCAAGGCUCCAGAAACAGACAAAAACAAGAGAAGUUCCUGUGAUAACCCUGGACAGCUCUGUUAGCGAGACCUCCGCCCUCAACAAGUCAACUCUUCGCCAGUCUGAGCUGUUUACCACACCCACCGUGUUACGUGACAAGCCCCCAGCCUUCAAAGAUUCUCCAUACUUCAUAGAAGAUUGGGCAAAAGAUUUAAGGGAGAAAUUUUCCCAGGCAGCAAGAGCAAGGGAAAGGAAAAUAGCCUUAGAGAGACAAAAAAUUGAUGAGCUUGAAGAGAAGAGAUUAGAAAAAGAAAAACAAAGGCAAGCAAGAAUAGAACAGCGAUUACACGAGGCCAGACGGGAACGAGCUGUGAUAGAAGAAGAUGAGUACAACGAAGGAUCUACACAGGCUGAUGAGUUCCCAGAGCUCACCAGUGAUAUGGAGGAAGAAAUCGAUUGGGCACUGGUUCCAAACCCUGGUGAAGAGGUCCUAACAGAACAUUUCAAGAUACAAAUAAAACGGCGGGACAUGAAUACCUUGGCUGGCCUGAACUGGUUAAAUGAUGAGAUAAUAAACUUCUACAUGAAUUUAUUGAUGGAGCGAGGUGGUAAGGAUGAUUUUAGCAAAGUCUACGCAUUCAACACAUUUUUCUACCCGAAGAUGCUGAGCUCUGGGUACAGCUCUAUACGUCGCUGGACUAGGAGGACUGACAUAUUCGAAAACGACUACUUGUUGAUACCCAUUCAUCUUGGAAUGCACUGGUGUUUAGCGACGGUAGAUUUCACAAAGAAAGAAAUAAACUAUUAUGACUCGAUGGGUGGGAGAAAUCCUCAGUGCUUAAACACCAUCAGACAAUAUUUGUGUGAUGAAAGCUUAGAUAAAAGAAAAACAGAAUUUGAUUUGACUGGAUGGACAUGUCAAGAAGUGAAGGGGAUUCCAGAACAGCUGAAUGGCAGUGACUGUGGAAUGUUUGCCUGUAAAUAUGCAGAGUACAUCACCAGGGGAUCAGAAAUCACAUUUACUCAGGAACACAUGCCUUACUUCCGCCGCAGGAUGGUGUAUGAAAUUCUGAAGAACAAACUGCUUUGAUGGUGUGUAGUUACGACUUUGUGACAUAGGGUCAGAACCAUGUCGUCUAGGAACCAUGAGCAAAACUUUCCAUUGACACUUUGUUUGGUUCUGCAUACAAA